AUGGAUAUAAAUAAAAACAACAAAAAUUUUAGUGCUAAUAAUUUAUUUAUGACAGAUAACUUUAAUAACAAAAAUAAUAAUACAAAUAAUGAUAAAAAGUUGAUAAUAGAUAAUGAAAAGAAAAAAAGUAUUUGGUCAUUAUUUUCUAACGUUGAAAAUAGAAUUAAAGAAAAUAAAGAUAUGAAUGAUACUAAUAUUAAUAAUAUUUUUAAUAGUAAAAGUGUAACUGAAAAUAAAAGUGGAAUAAAAAAUAUAAAUAAAAGUUUAUUUAAAAAUAUACAUGAUAAUUAUGAAAUUAAAAAAGAAAUAGAGAACAUAUCGGGUAGUUUUAAACGCAGAAACAAUAUAUUACUAACAGAAAAUACGGAUGACAAUAUACUGAGUAAUAUAAUAUCAGCUAAAAGAAUAAAAACAAACGAAGAAAAAAAUGUAUCUAGCUCUUAUAAUUCAUAUAAAGAAUUUUUUUUGAGAAAUAUUGACCAAAAUUAUACAAAUAAUGAAAGUCAAAAUAUAUUAAAUAAAAAUUCAACAAGUAACAUUUCUCAUAAAAUUAAAGAUGAUAAUGUUUUUGUUAGAAUGAAAAAAAUAAAUAAAGAUAAUUCAAACAAUAUUGGAUCAUUAUCUAAUAUUAACAAUAAUAAUAAUAAUAAUAAUAAUAAUAACAAUAUAGAUAAUAAUGGAAUAAAUAUAUUGCCAUUAAUUAAACAAGUGGAAAAAAAGAAUAUAAAUACUACUUUGAUAGAAAAAAAGAAUAUGAAUACUACUUUGAUAAAAAAAAAGAAUAUAUGUGUUCCUGUGAAUUUAAUAAAAGAAAAUGAAAAGGACAUUAUAAAAAAACCUCAUGGUUUUAGUAAAAGUGAUAAGUUCGAUAUUUUUAAUCAUAUUGGGGAUGAUACAUUUAGAUAUAUUUUAUCAAAUGUUAAAAAUAAAAAUUUGCUUUUGUUAAAUAAGAGAUUCAGUGAAAUGAUUCAACUUAUACGUAUAAAGUUAAUGUAUGAUGAAUCAUUGAAAAAUUCUAUAUCUCCUGAAAGUAUAAUAAAGACAAUAUAUGCAUCUCAAAAUAUUGAAAUAUUGGAUUUAUCGGGUUGCUCUCAUAUAACUUCACAUCAUUUUAAUUUACUUUGUAAUUCUAAUAAUAUUAAGUUCAAUAGAACAUUAAAGGUUUUAUGUUUAAAAGGAUGCAAUAAAAUAACUGAUUCAAGUUUAAAAAUUUUUUUACAACGAUUUAAAAAUUUAAAUAUAGUCGAUAUACGUAACUGUUAUAAAAUUAGUCAUGAUGGAAUAUAUCCUUUAAAAUUUAAGUCUACUUUAAGAAAAAUAUAUAUGGGAAAUUUAACAUCUGCAAAUGUAUCUAAUUAUCACUCAAAUGAAACAUUAAGAGUACUCUUUAAUUGUAAUAAAGAAAAUAUACAGUUGGAUUCACCAUUAGAUAAGUUGGUUUGUUUUGAGAUAACUUAUGCAAAACAAUUAAGUGAUAUAUCUUAUUUAUAUAUGAUAGCAAAAAAUUUAAAGGUUCUUAAUUUAAAAGGUUGUAACAUUGAUGAUAAUUCUUCAAUUUUUUUUCAUAGUUUUACGAAUCUUUUAGCAUUAAAUUUAUCAGAUACAAAAAUAUCAAAUGAAGUUUUAAAAAUUGUAUUAAAUAGUUCGAAAAAAUUAAAAAUACUAGAUAUUUCGAAAACGUUAGAAAUACAAAAUAAUAUAAUUUUACAAAUCCCUAAAAAUCUAAAGGAGUUAAGAAAAAUAAAACUCUCCUGUUUACAAAAUGUAGACAAUUUUUGCAUUAGAGAAUUUUUAAAACAUUGUAAACAUUUAACAUUGAUUGAUUUUUCAAGUUGCUGGAAAGUUAAUAAUUCCUUUUGUAAUGUAAAUGGUUUAGAAAUAGCGUCAGGAAUUAAAUUAAAAGAUGUGGGAGCUUUUCAAUGUUCUAUUGAUAGAAAAGUAUGUGAAGGAUGCUUAUCUGAAGUUGGAUGCACUUUCAUUCGUGUCCAUAUUUAUAAUGAAUUAAAAAUAUUUGAGGCAUCUAUUUAUACGGAUACUGAAUCUCUUGAGACAGAUUAA